AUGUCGCAAGUCGCUGCUGCUCGCUACGGCAAGGACAAUGUCCGCGUCUACAAAGUCCACAAGGACGAGAAGACCGGAGUCCAGACGGUGGUCGAGAUGACCGUCUGUGUUCUCCUCGAGGGAGACAUCGACACCUCUUACACCAAGGCCGAUAACAGCGUGAUCGUCGCUACCGACUCGAUCAAGAACACCAUCUACAUCCUCGCCAAGCAGAACCCGGUGACUCCCCCCGAGCUGUUUGGCACCAUCCUGGGCAACCACUUCAUCCAGAAGUACCCGCACAUCCACGCCGCCCACGCCCACAUCAUCACCCACCGCUGGACCCGCCUCAACAUCGACGGCAAGCCGCACCCGCACUCCUUCUACCGCGACAGCGAGGAGAAGCGCAACGUGCAGGUCGACGUCGUCGAGGGCCAGGGCGUCGACAUCCGCUCGUCGCUAUCCGGCCUCACCGUGCUCAAGAGCACCAACUCGCAGUUCUGGGGCUUCCUGCGCGACGAGUACACCACCCUCCCCGAGACCUGGGACCGCAUCCUCAGCACCGACGUCGACGCCGCCUGGCAGUGGAAGCGCUUCGCCAGCCUCGACGACGUGCGCUCUCACAUCCCCAAGUUCGACGCCACCUGGCAGGCCGCCCGCGACAUCACCCUCAAGACCUUUGCCGAGGACAACAGCGCCAGCGUCCAGAACACCAUGUACAAGAUGGCCGAGGAGAUCCUCGCCCGUCAGCCGCUCGUCGAGACCGUCGACUACUCUCUGCCCAACAAGCAUUACUUUGAGAUUGACCUCAGCUGGCACAAGGGCCUCCAGAACACCGGCAAGAACGCCGAGGUGUUCGCACCCCAGACCAACCCCAACGGCUUGAUCAAGUGCACCGUCGGCCGCACGUCUAAGCCCAAGCUGUAA